UUCGCCCCGCCAGUGAUGGGUUGUAGUGUUGAAGUCCCAGUGUUCACUGACACCAACAUGGGCACCCACGUAGCCCUCUCUGUCUCUCCAAAUAUUACGUCUGGAGAUUUCAUGAGAGAGCUGGAGAAAACACACUUCAAUUGUUUCCCAGAACUGGGAGAGAUCAGGGUUUAUGGAUUAAUGGUGAAGCGGAAAUCGUGCUUUUACCACCUGCCUGAAUCAGUGCCUAUAAAGCAUGCUUUCCAGGGUUUGAAAGGAACAUGGUUUUUACACACAGAAGCGAGUUCCCUAGGUGGCUCUGAUUUGUCCGGUUUAUCCAACCAUGUAACUGUAGAAACGAGGAAUCAAACUUGUGAUGGUAGCAAUGUAACUGAUCCUAUGGAACCCAAAAGCUAUACUGCAAUUGCUGUAAGGGAUAAAAACAAAAGUAAAGGUAAGAGGAGGAGAAUAAAAAGAUAUCAUUGCCUCAAAGCUGUACUGUGGGGGCUUCUAAGAACUGUGUAUUUUUCAAGGAAAAGUAGGAGAAGGAAGAGAGUGAAGAAAAAUCGCUCCCUGGCAUGCACAGUGAGUGGCAUUGAGAAUGGAUGCCCUGGUAGAAGUAAAAAAAUUCCAGGUCCUUCUGCCAAGGAGAGGUCUAGCUUCUGUACAUCGGGGAAUGAAGAAGAGCAUAGGAAAGAAUGGAUCAGCAAAGUGGUUGAGUGUCCUAGUGAAAGGUCAUCCGAAGUAGUAUCAGUUUCAGGUAUCAUUGAGAGAUACUUCUCAAAUUUUGAUGUCAUGAAUCACUUUGGAAGUCCUUCAAGCUCUGAGGUUAAUUCUAGAGUGAUUUGUAGUUGGUCAAACGAACCAUUGAGGGUGCCAACAGAUGGCAAUCACUCAAACAUACAAAUUGGUACCACGCCACUGCUCACAACCAAAACACCAGCAAGGGAGACACCUUUCUCACUGUCAACUAACUCAAGACCUGGAACUUCCAGGGAUAAGCUUGAAAUAACUGAGGUUGGGAAACGCCUUGUCAUGGCCUCGAAUACUCUUGGUAUUUCUUCAAGUAAGCAAAGGCCGGCAAUUUCUAUUAGCAGAUUCAAAGAUGGAAAACUGUUAGGACUUGACUCUUCUCUUGUUAGAAGUAUGGUCUUUGAAAUGAGUGAUGAUGAUGACUGAAGAAACCCGAGUUGCCCAUGUCAUAGACUGGUAUGUCCAUGCAUUAAUUUGUUAUGCUCAUACAGUGCUAUGCUGCAAAAACUAGAGGUUACAACCUCAAGCAAUCCUAAAUGCAUAUUAUAUCGAUUCUCUCCUCUUUUUCCUUCUUAAUCAUUAGGUGAUUUCCCAGGGUCUUGUUGUGUGAGAACAUAUAUUUGGUGAAUCAAGAUUUUCUAUACUUCACCUGGUGAGCCCACCUGAGACAAAAGAACAUGAACAAGAUACCCUAUUUCUCUUAAGAGCAUGACUCAUUGGACACUGUACAACUGCUGAAAUUGCUAUGUCCUAAUAUGUCUACAAGUAAAGAAUCAAACUAGAGCUUUUAUCAUUUGUAAAGCCACUGCUCUACCAUGUCAGUUUCUGUACAUCAUCGUUUUCAUUAAUCUAGCCUACAGAACCAGUGGGGAUUCAUUUUCCAGAUUAGCAAAGGCUGUAAACGUAAACCCCCAUGCAGUUUGCUGUAAAAUCUACUUAUUAAGGGCUGUCUUGUGCAUGUGUAUCGUCUUUUUUCCCCUUCCAUUUGGAGGUUAUGAAAAGUGUUGUGUUUGUAUAGCAGUGACGAAGCCAUGUCUUGAUCUCAAUUGCUGUAAAUAAAAGAUCAAAAGCUGUGUUUAUCA